GUGCCAUCAUAAUCAGCCCCAACUAUAUAACCAGGGGCUGCCAGGGCCUCUGUAAAUCUAGGCCUGCUGGGAGAGGAGGAAGAGGAGGCCCUGCCCCUCCAAUCGUGGCCUCCUAUGGACACCAAGACUCACAGCCUUCCCAUCACCCACACCCAGCCCCAUAGCAACUCUCGGCCCCAAAGCCCCACCUGCAGGCCGUGCACCUGCAGCCGCCACUGCCAGACCUGCAGCCAGCAUUGCAGCCAGAGCCGGAGCUCCAGCCGCAGCCCGACCACCCACCACAGCCCACCCGGCGCCCAGAGCUCAUCCGGCCGCCAGGGCCAGAGUCCCAGCCCCAGCCCACCACCAAAGCACCACAAAAAGACCAUGAACUCCCACCACUCUCCCACGCGGCCCACCAUCCUUUACAGCAGCUGCCCCAAGAGAAGAAAGAACUUGGAAGUCAAGAUGAACAAGAGAAAAAUGGCCAAGAGGAUCCGGCAGGUGUACAAAACCAAGAAGCGGAGCUCAGGUACCCUUUAAGGAGGUGGGGAAGGGUCACAGAGCCCACAGAUGACAGGGAGCAGACCCUGGGGGCAGUGAGGGGAAGGGUGCAGCCAGGUCACAGAGGAACCACAGGCAAGGAUGAAGACGGAGAAGAGAAACAAUGGCAGUUGGUCAGCUGAAUGUAUCAACACUGACAGACUUUG